AUGACACAGUCCUCCCCCCCUCCUCCUCCUCCACCGCCACCACCACCACCACCAACUGCUGGAUCAUCAUUUCGGCCACCCGCUCCAGCUGCAGGCUACGCUACACCAUUACACCCACAGACUGGAGGAUUUCAUGGUUCUGUGGUGAAUGGAGGGCCUGGUUCCUACUAUAUCUACCACCAGCAGCAGUCCGGGAUUUCAUCCACUACAAUGUCCACCCUGCCAUCACCACUGGGAAGUGGUGGCAGAGACCUUCAUGUGCCUAGAUUUUCUAGCAGUGCUGGGGCCCAAGGGCCGGUGUCCAGUCACCCACCACCGACACCUUACCAGCCACACCUGCAGCAGCAGCAGCCAUCUUCAACUUCACAUGCUAAUCCUGCACUGUCUCAGUCGCAGACCUGGGCUGUUAACCAGGGGGUGGUGCCAUCAUCUUUGCCGCCACCACCACCAUUACCAACGAACAUCCACCUCCACCUCCACCACCACCCGGCAGCCCCACAGUAUGACUCUAAUCAGUGGCAACCUUCACAGUCACAGACAGUUAUCACUGAGAACGCCCUCGUUUCUGAGGAUCAUCCGCCCCCACCACCCCCGUUGAUGCCGAGGCCUCAUCAUCAGCCUGUACAGGUUUCUUCUUCAUCAUCAUCGUCUUCAUCAUCAUCGUCGUCACAACACAGACAUCAUCAUCAUCACAGCUCAAAUGGGAAGAGCAAGAGCAGUAAGGCAGCAACAUUGUCAUCGUCAUCAACUUCAUCACAUUAUUCUGACAAUAGGAGUCGGCACUAG